UGGUGCUACAAAAACAUCCAAAAGGAGAAAGGGAAGGUAGAACUCUAGUUCUUAAUUUUUCUCACUGCUUCUUGAAAAGCUUUUUUGCCUUUUAUCCUACCUUACAGCUACUUUCUUUCUGAAAUUACAAUUGGUCUUUGUUAUCCUAAUAAAUUUCAAUCUUCUAGGUUUCAUUCCUGCUUCUGAAAGACAAGAGAGUUCAUUUCCACCGAGAUGAUUUAGUGAAAAUCAGAAGCAGGACUUUAUUGUGUAGUAAUUAGAAGAGAUGAGGAGAAAGGUGCCUUCAAAUGACAAAGGGAAUUCCUUAUAAACAGUUGACAGUUGGUGUCCCCAAGGAGAUAUUUGAGAAUGAGAAGAGAGUGGCUCUUUCACCAGCUGGAGUUCAAGCCUUGGUUAAACAAGGCUUCAGUGUUGUGGUGGAAUCUGGUGCUGGAGAAGCCUCCAAAUUUUCUGAUGACCAUUACAGAGAAGUUGGAGCAAAGAUCCUGGGGACCAAGGAAGUCCUGGCUUCGGAUUUGAUUGUGAAAGUGAGGGCUCCUAUAUACAACUCGGCUCUAGGUGUACAUGAGGCAGAUCUUUUUAAGACGGCGGCGACCCUGAUUAGUUUUGUCUACCCGGCACAAAAUCCAGACCUCCUGAAAAAACUAGCAGAAAAAAAAGCUACUGUCUUGGCUAUGGAUCAGGUUCCACGGGUCACCAUUGCUCAGGGAUAUGAUGCACUUAGCUCCAUGGCCAACAUUGCUGGUUACAAGGCUGUGGUACUGGCAGCAAAUCACUUUGGUCGAUUUUUCACAGGUCAAAUCACAGCUGCUGGUAAAGUUCCUCCAGCAAAGGUUUUGAUCAUCGGAGGAGGAGUUGCUGGUCUGGCUUCUGCAGGAGCAGCGAAAUCGAUGGGUGCGGUGGUUCGUGGAUUUGAUACUAGAGCUGCAGCUUUGGAACAGUUCAAGUCUCUUGGUGCUGAGCCUUUGGAAGUAGACUUAAAGGAAUCUGGAGAGGGACAAGGUGGUUAUGCUAAAGAGAUGUCCAAAGAAUUUAUUGAAGCUGAAAUGAAACUCUUUGCCAAACAGUGCCAAGAUGUUGAUAUUAUCAUCACUACAGCACUGAUUCCAGGUAAAAAAGCUCCUAUCUUGUUUAAGAAAGACAUGAUUGAAUCAAUGAAGGAGGGUUCCGUUGUUGUGGAUUUAGCUGCAGAAGCAGGGGGAAAUAUUGAGACUACAAAGCCUGGAGAAAUGUAUGUUCAUAAGGGUGUUACACACAUUGGGUACACAGAUCUGCCUAGCAGAAUGGCUACUCAAGCCAGUACCCUGUAUUCCAAUAAUAUUAUCAAACUUCUAAAGGCUAUUAGUCCUGACAAAGAGAACUUCUACUUUGAUCCAAAAGAUGAAUUUGAUUAUGGGACUUUGGAUCAUGUUAUUAGAGGAACUGUAGUAAUGAAGGAUGGCAGGGUCAUUUUCCCAGCACCUCUACCAAAUAAUAUUCCUCAAGGAGCACCUGUGAAGCAGAAGACUGUAGCAGAGCUGGAAGCGGAAAAAGCAGCUACUAUUACACCUUUUAGAAAGACUAUGACUAGUGCAUCUGUAUACACAGCAGGUUUAGCCAGUAUGUUAGGACUGGGCAUUGUAGCACCUAAUGCUGCUUUCACUCAGAUGGUGACAACAUUUGGCCUAGCUGGAAUAGUGGGUUACCACACAGUGUGGGGUGUGACUCCUGCUCUGCACUCUCCACUCAUGUCAGUGACUAAUGCUAUCUCAGGUCUAACUGCAGUUGGUGGGCUGGUACUGAUGGGAGGACACUAUCUCCCUGAAAACACUCCUCAAGGUUUAGCAGUGCUUUCAGCCUUUAUCUCUUCAGUCAAUAUUGCAGGUGGGUUUUUAGUCACACAGAGAAUGCUGGAUAUGUUCAAACGUCCCACAGAUCCUCCUGAAUACAACUACUUGUACCUGCUUCCUGGUGGUGUAUUUGUAGGAGGCUAUGCAGCAGCUCUCAGUGGUGGCUAUAGUAUUGAACAGGUGAUGUAUCUGGGCUCAGGACUGUGCUGUGUUGGUGCCCUGGCUGGUCUGUCUACUCAAGGAACAGCUCGUCUUGGAAAUGCUUUGGGUAUGAUUGGUGUUUCAGGAGGUUUAGCAGCAACUCUUGGAGGCCUUAAUCCCUCACCUGAAUUGUUGGCACAGAUGUCAGGUGCAAUGGCACUUGGUGGUACCAUAGGUCUGACAAUAGCUAAACGCAUCCAAAUUACAGAUCUGCCUCAGCUGGUGGCUGCUUUCCACAGUUUGGUUGGUUUGGCUGCUGUGCUCACCUGUGUAGCAGAAUACAUGAUUGAGUAUCCUCACUUUGCUACUGAUCCCGCUGCAAACCUCACUAGGAUUGUGGCCUAUCUUGGCACAUACAUUGGUGGGGUGACUUUCAGUGGCUCUCUUGUUGCUUAUGGAAAACUGCAAGGUAUCCUGAAUUCUGCCCCUCUGCUCUUGCCUGGUCGACAUGCACUAAAUGCGGGAUUGCUGGCUGCCAGCAUUGGCGGAAUGGUUCCGUACAUGAUGGAUACCAGUUACACUACAGGAAUUACGUGCCUAGGUUCUGUGUCAGCACUCUCAGCCAUCAUGGGUGUCACUUUAACAGCAGCUAUUGGAGGUGCUGACAUGCCUGUAGUUAUUACUGUCCUGAACAGUUAUUCUGGAUGGGCUUUGUGUGCUGAGGGCUUUCUACUGAACAACAACUUGCUGACCAUUGUUGGUGCACUCAUUGGCUCCUCUGGGGCCAUCCUCUCUUACAUCAUGUGUGUGGCUAUGAACCGUUCCCUUGCAAAUGUGAUUCUUGGGGGCUAUGGCACUGCAUCCACAGCUGGAGGGAAGCCCAUGGAAAUUACUGGAACCCACACAGAAAUCAAUGUGGACAAUGCAAUUGAAAUGAUAAAAGAAGCCAAUAGUAUUAUUAUUACUCCAGGUUAUGGUUUGUGUGCAGCAAAAGCUCAGUACCCAAUAGCUGAUCUGGUGAAGAUGUUGAGAGAACAAGGGAAGAAUGUCAGGUUUGGUAUUCACCCUGUGGCUGGCCGUAUGCCUGGUCAGCUGAAUGUACUGCUAGCAGAGGCUGGUGUUCCCUAUGAUAUUGUACUGGAAAUGGAUGAGAUCAAUGAAGACUUCCCAGAAACUGACUUGGUCCUCGUAAUUGGUGCAAAUGAUACAGUUAAUUCAGCAGCUCAGGAAGAUCCAAACUCUAUCAUAGCUGGAAUGCCAGUUCUUGAGGUCUGGAAGUCCAAACAGGUCAUUGUAAUGAAGAGAUCUCUGGGAGUUGGUUAUGCAGCAGUGGACAAUCCAAUCUUCUACAAACCCAAUACUGCCAUGUUGCUGGGAGAUGCCAAGAAGACUUGUGAUGCCCUGCAAGCGAAAGUCAGGGAAUCGUAUCAAAGCUAAAUACUGAUUUGUAUUCUGUUUAUGUUUGCAACCACAGUUUUGUCAGAGAGGUCAUGGAAAACAAGAGGUAGAAGAAUCUCUCAUUGUUAUAAGGCAGCUGGCUUUUGGAGAAGACUGCAUUGACUCCUAGGAGAUGUAGUUUGGUCAGGGGAUAUGGACAUUUAUAAAAAAGAUGGGCAGAUUAGCCCUUCGAACUAAAUCUCCAGUAAGGCAAUGCAUUAAAAAAUGAAAAUGUGCAUUUUAAGGUUAACAUUUUGCUGUUACAAGAAGGAACUAAUAACUCAGUCAUCUUUAAGUAGUUACUGACUUCCUCCUUCUUACUGUCUGUACUUCUGUCAUGGAAAUUCACUAAAAAAUGCUGUGCCAAAACUGUAUUCAGUCUUAUCAUCAAAGCGGUAUUUUGGCUGGUAUGGACAAAACAACUGUUGAUUUUAUCAAAACUUAAAAAUAAAUUUCAAACAGAUGCAAGCAGAAGUAAAUCCUUGCAUGUCCCUUUGAACUCAGGACGUUCUAGCAUAAAAUAGAUGCUUACGGGAUUUGAGAUUCUAAGCAUUACGCUUUUUUUCUUUUGGGGAUUGUGUGGAUGCUGUGAAUCAGGAACAUUUUAGAAAAGUUACUUUUCUUUAAAAUACGGUUCCAAUUUUUUUAUGGUGCACGCUUAUGUUAAACGAAACACAGGAUUUCAGGCACUUGCCAAGUAAUCUUCAAGUCUGACAAGGAAAUGUACAUUUACUUGCACGGCUUAACUAUUUUAAGCAACUGCUCAAUUCUCCAUCUUUUCCAGUCGUUGCCUUUUUAAGUGUCUGAGAUAAAAAUGCAGUCCAGUUCUGCACAGACAGAACAUCUUGCAUACCUGAUCUGUUCACAGAAUUUGGACCACAGUGUUUCAGUUUGUUCACUGAGACUUUUAAUUGUAUUCACUACUUGAAAAUUUAGUGAUGCUUUCUCAAUUAACGUUUUUGUAAUGCUGGAAGAAACACUUUUGAACUCUCCCUCUCUACUCUGCUAUUGUGAGACCCCACCUGGAGUGUUCUGUUGAGCAGCUGGGCCCCCAGAACAAGAACAAUGUUGACCUGUUAGCGCAAGUGCAGAGGAGAGACACUAAGUUGAUCACAGGGCCCAAGCACCUCUCCUAUGAAGACAGACUGAGAGGGCUGGGGUUGUUCAACCUGGAGAAGAGAAGGCUCUGGGGAAACCUUAGAUCACCUUCCAGUUCCUAAAAAGAGGUCCAUAAUAAAAAUGGAGAGGGACUUUUCACAAGAGCUGAUAGUGAUAGGACAAGGGGGAAUGGCUGCACACUAAAAGAGAGUAGGUUUAGAUUAGGUAUUAGGAAGAAAUUCUUCACUGUAAGACUGGCGAGGGACUAGAAAAGGUUGGUCAGAGAAGUUGUCGACUCCCCAUCCCUGGAAGUGUUCAAGGCCAGGCUGACGGGUAACGUGAUCUAGUGGAAGUUUCCCUGCCCGUGGCAGGAAGUCUGGAACUAGUCCCUUCCAACCCAAACCAUUCUGUAUUUAAGAUGCUGGAGUUUAUUAGAUUUUUUUCUGAAUAAAUGAGCUAUUGUUUGGACAGCACAGAAACAUACUAAACUUAAAAUCCAGUGUAUUUGAUUAUUUGAUUAUUCUCACUAAUCUAAUUAAAAGCACUGUUAAAUUCCCAGCAUAAGUCCAACAAAGUUAAAUUAUGACAUGGAUUGCUGUUUUGCUUUUAUUAUAUUAAGUAUACUUGAGUGAAACUCAAAUAUUUGCCUCAUAAAAUGAAUUUGUCGUAUAUCCAUAAUGUUUUCCUAAUGAUGUGACAACUGUCCAUGGUGAUGAAGGCUAAGUAGAACUAGCUGUGCUUGUGUUAGAAAGCAUUCAUACCUGGGGAAGACAAACUGUUAUGGAUAAAGUCUUGAAAUUAAUCUGUCUUGCUUGAUAGAACAUUUUUUUCAUUACACCAUGCACAGAGACCUCAUAUAAAAUACCGUAUUUCUUCUUGGCUACCUCUGUUUUUAUGUGAAGAUCACCUAAAACACAGACUUUGAAUAGGUAAUGCAUUAAGAAAUGUAGCAAUAUACAAAAGAUCUACCCUUUUUGCAGAUCUCUUUUAUAUAAUUUGACAUAAAAGUUAUCAUGCAAGCAUUAAUAUGCUGUAUACUGCAGGAAAAGACUUGUAAUUUUUAUUUAAAACAUCAUGGCAGCUAUAUUUGAAUGUAGCACCUGUGGCCUCUUGAUUUCAUUGUAUUCAACUUUUCCUUCAGGUCUGCAAACACUAGGGAAAUGGAAGAAGAAGAAAGAUAAGGAAAUAAUCCUCUAUCUCUCUCCCUCACAACUGAGAAGAAAAAAGUAAAAAGGGAGAUUUGAAGGGAUCUAAAAUCCUAAAGUAUUCAUUUUUGUCAUGCUGAGGUAUCUAACUGCAGUAUACAUCAUGUCUCUGCUUAUGGGUAGCUAAUAAAAGACCAAGCUUUUCUUUAAAAAAUAGCAAAUAACAAGGGAGGGGGAACAGUUUACUUUGUAUUUGGAAAAAACCCCACACUAUUACCUUGGAUGGGAAGUACAGUGUUACCUUUAAAAUGUGCUUUACCAUGGAACACCAGGUAAUUGUUAAAGUGCUAAUAAAAAGUCAGUUGUUUUUCUCUGUUGA